AUGGAAGCUAUCCCCGUUACACCAGCGAAAGGCACUGCCAUUCAGGGCCAAACAAGUUUCAAUCGAAAGGUGAGACACAUGGAUAAGGCCCCGGUGAUGGAGCAUUUGCGAGUUUUGCGUCGCUUGGAAUCGGAAACAUAUCCACCGUGUGAGGAUUACUUGACGUUGUUUGGCCCUUCACAUACCGAAGGCGUGACCGGCUACAUUAGCGAGCGUUGGAGAGGAAGCAUUUGCGAGUGGUGUUAUGAAGUCGUCGAUCACUUUCAGUUUGAUCGCGAAGUUGUCUCCAUCGCGCUCAAUUACCUGGAUCGCGCGGUAGCGGCGAAAGCCAGGGAUACUCUGAAAGCCAUCCCGUAUCUUGAGUUCCAGCUUAUUGCUGUUACUUCUGUCUACAUGGCCAUCAAAUUGCAUGGCGCGCAUGAGACACAUGAUGGCCCUCGUCGCAGGCUACGCAUCGAUGCCUUUGUCGAGCUCAGCCGUGGACACUUUGAAGCGGGUGCGAUCGAAUGUAUGGAACGUUCCAUACUCUCGACUCUCAACUGGAGGGUGAACCCACCAACCCUUCUCCGCUUUAUUUCCAACCUUCUUGAACUCCUUCCUGAAUGGUCUCCGCUUCCACAUACCGUUUCCUACGGGGACGCAUUGGGCGGAAUCUACGAUUACGCCAGAUAUCUUUCGGAGCUUUCUGUUUGUGUUUCUAAAUUUUCAUUUACCCUAUCCUCUUCGGAGAUUGCAUUUUCCGCUAUCCUGUGUGCCAUUGAGGCACUACAGGCAACUCGAACAGUGCCGGACUUCGCUCGUUCCGAUUUUUUAAAGAACGUCGCUGAAGCCACAGGUCUGCAUGCCGACGAGCCGCAAAUCCUGUCCGCUUGCGAGAUGCUCCGGGAGCUUUACCCGAGCAUUUUCGGAAGAGACGAUGAACAUCACCUCUUUGCCAGUCACGCAUGCACAGUUGGUCAGCCUCAGUCUGUGAGCGGAAAAAAAUCUCCAGUUUGUGUGUUGGAGGAGCAAGCGGAAAGCCCAAAUACACGCCGCAAACGAAGUCGCAGUAGCGACGAUGAUAAACAACCUCUGUAUUCCAGCUUUUAA